AUUGCCAACAUGUGCAACGAGGCCGCCCUGCUUGUCAACCAACAUGCCAGCCCCACGGUGGGGGAGAAACACUUUGAGCAGGCCAUCGAGAGGGUAAUUGGGGGUCUGGAGAAGAAAAGCCAAGUCCUGCGGCCCAGUAAGAAGACCAUUGUGGCUUACCACGAGACUGGACAUGCUGUGGUCAACUGGUUUUUGGAGCACACUGACCCGUUGCUCAAGGGGAAAGGCUUGGGUUAUGCCCAGUACCUGCCGCAGUAACACUCAGGAGCAGCUCUUGGACUGCAUGUCCCUGAUGCUGGGAGGCUGGGUGGCAAAUCACCACCGGGGCCCAGGAUGACCUCCAACGAGUGACGCAGAGCGCCUAUGCUCAGAUCGUGCCGUUUGGGAUGAGCCACAGGCUGGGCCAGGUCUCAGGGCGAGCGGGCGCCCGAGAAGUGCUUCAGUGAAGCCACGGCCAAGUUGAUUGAUGAAGAGGCCCAUCAUGCCUUGAUCGGCGCAGCCCACCGGAAGACCCUGGUGCUGCCGAGUCGUUGCCGGGACCAGGUGGAGAAAGUAAUGACGUAGAUCUGCCCCACGCCUGUGCGGUGGCCUCCUCCCUCAGCAGCCUUAUCGUCCACGCAAGGAGAGGGAAGCCCUGUCAGAACGCAUCGGUAAUUUAUUUUGAUUGUAAGCAACCUGCUCUUGUGUGAGGAGUUUUGUGUUUUGUUUCAAAAGAACACUGGGAGCAAAGGCGUGGUCUCCUUGUUUUAAUGGUUCAGCCGUACAUGAUCAGGACGGGACUCUGCUCUCUAUAGCCAGGUCCAUUUCGAAGCCCUCAGGGCCAGUGAGCGGGACCCCAAAACAGCAGCACACCCUCAUUCUGUACACCCGUGCUGCAAACUCCCCACACACACACACCAGGAAUACACACGUCCGUAAGGGAGUGCAUGCUGCCGCUGCCUGGCAGGUGGCAUCUCCGGGCGGGGCAGUAGUGAUGGGUUCGAGCCAGGUUCUGCAACCCUGUAGGCUUCCCCCCCCCCCCGGUCUGUUGUGUCAGCCCAUGAGCUGUGCGCCCGAGAGCAGAAGCAGCAGCCACUCAAGCCCGGAAGUGAAGGAAGGGUGUGCUGAGUCGUGGUCAGGAGAGAG